UCUGUCGCUGCGCAUCAAAAAUAAAAAGAAACGAAUAAGUUUGAUAACUGGGUGCAUAGUUUUGUGUUGUAAAUCCGCGAUUCCGCAAAAUAAGGCGAGGUUCUCGGUUUAAGGUGGCUAUCGUGCGAUAUUAUUUCGGUAAAGCGUUCCCUGGUGAGAUUGUGUUUUGAAAAAUUGUGGCUCUUUUACCUAUGCGACGCUAUUUCGUUGGUGCGGAAGCAAAGUGAAAAUGGUUCUCUUCUUUAUGUAAGCACUGAAGCAGAGUGCUUUGUUGUGCUGCCACUAGAAGGAAAUAGAAGGAUUUAUUACCAAAAUAAUGAAAUGGACAGCGCCUUAGUUUUAUAUCCAAGCGGUCGAGUUGAAAUUAUAUAACUUAUUGUACAUCUUUCAUACGGGAACUUUCAGUCUUCCAGUCUCGCAAAAAUGGUUACUUUUCGGUGUUUGGAUCCUAGUGUCUGAUCUGCGGAAAGGUGUUGGAAUAAUCCCCACGGUCGGACCGUUCCGUCUCCAUUUCUCUGCGUGUAGGCACCAAGUGUAACUAGUGUAAGCUAUAACAUAUAUCUGAGGGAGGUUGAUACAGAAAAAAGUGAAUAUUUAUCGACAGUCUCAGUGUGUCAGUGAGAAGAUAAAAUAGCUGAAGCUGAUAUCAAUCGUCGAUAUCGGGUUGGCCUUCCAAAAGUGGUCAAAAAAUCCGCUGUACUAGGAGGCAUUCUCGUUCAAUAAAAGUGCAAAACAUGAAGCAAAGUGUAGUGUAAGUGGCUUGAAAAUAUAGGGUUAUAUUUCAUCGUGUUUGUGUGUUCUUGUAAGAAUCGUACCAGCUGGAGCCGUCUCGAGGUCAUAAAUGCUAGCUUUGCGGUGCGGGUGACGUUCCGAAGCGGUAUUCAUACGAUUACUUCACAAAAUAAAGUAAUACUUCGAGACCAACCUAUCGCACGGAAUAAGAUGUAAAUGCAUUCAAUCAUACGCUAAUCGGCCAUUGACGACCAAAAGGCUCCAGCGUGAAACAACUCGCCUUUGGCAAAACUUUCGUCCGUCGGCUCCGUGGGAUCACAGUAGGAAGAGGCAAGGAUGCAGCGGGCUAUCGCACUAUCUGCCGCGAGUCGAGCCGGUGUUUACGAUGGUAAAAUAGCUGGACUAUACGACCUCGAGGAAACGCUGGGUUCGGGACAUUUUGCCGUUGUGAAAUUGGCUCGUCAUGUUUUCACCGGCGAAAAGGUAGCCGUUAAAGUGAUAGAGAAAACUAAACUGGAUGACAUCUCGCGGGCACAUUUGUUCCAAGAAGUGCGUUGCAUGAAAUUGGUACAACACCCGAACGUGGUGCGGCUAUACGAGGUAAUUGAUACACAAACCAAACUGUACCUAAUACUGGAGCUGGGAGAUGGAGGCGAUCUGUACGACUACAUCAUGCGUCACGAUAAAGGUCUGUCGGAAAAUCUGGCUCGAGAGUACUUUCGUCAAAUAGUACGCGCCAUCUCGUACUGCCAUCAACUGCACGUAGUACACAGAGAUUUGAAACCAGAAAAUGUAGUAUUCUUCGAGAAGCUGGGUGUUGUUAAACUGACUGAUUUUGGAUUUAGUAACAAGUUCUGCCCCGGACAAAAAUUAGAAACGUCCUGUGGAAGUCUUGCGUACUCAGCACCAGAGAUAUUACUGGGCGAUUCGUACGAUGCUCCGGCUGUCGAUGUUUGGUCCCUGGGAGUUAUACUUUUCAUGCUCGUCUGCGGUCAUCCACCAUUCCAGGAGGCAAAUGACUCCGAAACGCUCACGAUGAUCAUGGAUUGCAAAUAUACGAUGCCGGAUCACGUCUCGGGAGGCUGUCGAAGGCUCAUUGGUACAAUGUUGGUUCGAGAACCAGACAAAAGAGCAACGCUUCAGCAGAUUGCUCAAGAUUCUUGGCUACUGGAAGGAAGCACGGAUGAAACGCCCGAAUACCUCCCGCUGGUCAGCCGUGAGCAAGUAAGCGAAGAGGAUCAUUCAUUAAUCAUCCAGAAAAUGAUCAACGGAAAAAUCGCAACCAAAGAGGAAAUUUUAGAGGCUUUAGAUCGUAACGAGUAUAAUCAUAUAACGGCAACCUACUUCUUGCUGGCCGAGCGAAAACUACGUGCACACCGACAGGAGGAAGCGCAAAAACGGAAGCCGGAGCUCACAUUGCCGGUGUCCAAUUCAACAAGACUGCAAGCUUUCAAGAAAGAUUCCGAGGAUGAUUUUAAGGAGGACAAUAUGCUACCAUCAAAGCUUGGGAUGCACUUGAGUGUGCCUCGUACGCCAUGCACCGAACCGGGCCAGACCGGUCGAAGCAGAAAGUGUAGUAUUGUACAGGAGGAAGAAGACGACGAGGAUGAUGUUACUGGUGCUGGUCACGAGGAGCUAUCCAUGCCGUUGAACCGCCGGGGUUCACGGUCCGAAGGUCGUAUCAACAUUACCGUCCAAGAUCGGAUAGCGGAAUCCGAACGGGUUAAAUUGGAGGCAAAAAAACUAGCCGACGUGAAAGAACAGGAACAACAGCAUAUGCGGCACCAGCAGCAGCAACAGCAGCAGAACCAACAGUCGGAGGCGAAGGAAAAUGCGGUUUCAACGUUAGGCGGAUUCGGUGGAAUUGGAAACGUGACGUUGAUAACGAGUGAAAACAGCUGUACCAAAGAUAGACUCGGAAUUGCUGGUGGCGGGUUACACCGGAAGGUUCCGGAAAUUAAACGCACUGGUGUCAACUUCUCCAAAAAGACUUCCAUACUAAAACCUAAUUUAGCAAAAAUAGGUGAUGGUAACAUUCGAGCUAAUUCGUUUGAUAAAUGCAUUGCUAGCAUCAAGGAUGUAGAACUGGUCAACACAAAAAUUCUCACGGAUAGCUCAACGAUUACUAUUCCGAUUCCUAGUUUGAAUAUUGUGACCGCUUCGAAUAUACCCAAGUACAAGACGAUGCCGUCACCAACGAGGUCAAACACUAUACUCAGCAGUGCGAAUAAUUGCUUGAAUGAAAUCUUUGAAGAAGGAACUGAUGUGGGAAGUUCAGAUAGUACAACAACUACCCCCCGACCUGCCGUGAGAAACCAAUUCAAUGCUCGAAAUCAGCACCAAGCUGGUACCGGUAAUAACGUUCACCGAAGGACGAAGUUCAAUAAAUCUCGAACGGCAUCCUGCAGCAGCUCCGAUGCAUCCGAUGAUGAUUCGGAAAACAGAAAAAAGCGGGCUCACAAAAUUGUGGACUCCACCGUUAAACCACUAACACAGAGGAGGGAUUCUCAUGAUGAUUCCAGCGAUUCGCAAGACCCUGGAAACGCAGCCGCCCCUUCCGGUGCUCAGACAGGGGCUUGCGUAAGAUCUAUCAUUAGUGAUGCCAGCAGCAGUAAUGCCGGUGAUGGUAACGGCAAUCAACCUUCCACCGAGAAACGAAAUGGCAGUGGUAAUCGUCAAAAAUCGUCCCAACAGGUUGACUUCCGACGACACCGUGGCCGAAGAAGACCUGUAGAAACUCGCCUUCGUGAAAGUCAGUCCUUGAACCGAAUUACCGAAGUGCAGGAAUCGGAAACCUCUCAUUCGGCUGCUGCUGCUGCUGCGGCUGCUGGUGCCAUAUCAACUACCGUGCCAAGUGACAUUUCCGCUGAGGAAAGACCAAGUCAACAUACAGCAAUUAGUGACAGUGAAGAUGUUUCGAAUAAGAAAUCUAGCAAUAAUCAACCCACGGAAGAUGCCGCCGACUGUGGGAACAGCCAUACUCAUCUGAAUACCACCAGUAAUAGCAAUACGAAUAUCAGCGGCAGCAGUAGCGGGAGCUGCACUAAUCCUACCAAACCCAAGGGUUUCAGCGCUCGCAUAUUUCACACCUUCAAAAAGCAGCAACCGUCCUCGAAUACUUCGACUCCUAGCGUGGAUGUACCGACAGUGGACAGCAAGAGAGGCUCGGCGGGAGAUGAUAUCGAAAUUGUCGUGGAAUUGGCAAAGGCAUUGAAUGGUUCCGAAAGUCACAGCAAAAGUACGAAAAAAAUUAAGAUACUUGGACGGUACUUUCAGGUGCACAAAAAGAUCUACGUGCCACUGUCGGGUCUCUUCCAGCGAGGACGUCUGUACAAGGCACAAUCCUGUGGUUCAAUCGUACGCGACAAGGUCAACGUAAACCCGAACGGUGCCGGUACUGCUGGACGAGGUUCCUCGAACUCCAACGCUCGCCAUUCGACCAUUUUCAAUGAGAAGAAUCGGUUCAUCAAAAAUUGCCUCGGCGGAUCACGGUUGCUCGGUAGCGACGGCGAUAUCAAUCAUAACGGGAACAGUUUCAUUACACUAUCAUCUGGUACUGCCGCGGACACACUGACUAAUGGGACCGUAACGCCGACGGAGUUGACAGUGUCAACCGGUAGCGGUGCUGCCAAUCCGUGCGGAAUGACAGAAGGUCCAACUGGAACUCCUACAUCGGUGCCAAUCAAGACCGCGUAAUAGUUUUGAGGGUUAGAACGCGCAGAAGUUAGUGCUGACUAUGGAUUUUAUUUAGCAAUACGCUCGGUAGCGUUUUCAUUCGAUUUGUUUUUUUUUCUCAAUACUUUUUAUGCAUAGACUGAAUGUUCCUUAAGAGUCAGUUCACAUCAGUCAUUGAAUGUACCCGAAAGGGAAUGGAUUCAUAAUAAUCACAAAUCACAUUCACUUUCACAUCUAGCAAAGGCUCCGUGUGUGCACUAAAUAUCAACUACGGAUACAGCUAAAUGCGCCAAAGAGAUCUCAAAACCUAAACUCGAAUAUCGGAAAAACUCAAAACGGAUGGCACAAUCUGUCCAGUUUUGUCUUUCCGUUUUUUUUGACUGCACUCCCACCAACGUGAAAACGAUAUAGAGCUGAUAUUGAACGCGUGCAACGUGUUUGUCGAUUUAGAAUCUAUGUGCAAUAAUUAUGAGCUUAGUUUUGUCUGGUUUUAGAAAGAGAGGGCAAAAUAAUCAGUGCUGACAAAUAUUAUUAAUUCUGUGUUUGUUUUACUCGUAACAACAAAAGAUUAUGUUUGUUUUAUGGAAUAGCAAGUUUGUCCAUACUUUAAUAAAUUGUAAUAUUUUCCUAACAAGGUUUGCAAACCUUUAUCAAAGUUUGAAUUAACAGAUAACUAGUUAUACACCGGAACAAGCUACAGAUUACCUACUUUGUAUGUGCUGUGCACAAGUUUUUAGACGAUGAACGGAAAGGCGAAAAACACGCGGUACCAAUUGGCGAAUAUCCGUUUUAUCGCUAUUUUGUAUGUAAUCUCCCAGAAAAAAAACAUACCUAUAUAACCAGAAGAAGCUGGAACUGUUGAAUAGAAUCCUUUCAGAACAACAAAGUUACUAGGACGGGUGCAUAAAAUAUAAAUCAUAAUCCUACAGCGAAAAGCAGUAAACACAUCAAAGCGCACGACAUAAACUAUUUACGCUGGGGAAAAGGCAUAUUCUGAAGCUUUACUAAAACUGAAUUAUCGAAAAAAAUAUCUCAUUUUUGUCCUACUAUUACUGCGUUUCCUGGAUAGAAUUUUAGGUUCUAUUAGAUGACCAUACGAAUAAACCUAUAACUUUACAUUCGAAAACUACUUUUAACAAAAAAAAACUUUAAGCAUACUUGCCACCUCUCAAUUCCCAUCCACAUUGUAUACUUCGAUCGUGUUAUCUCUUCGCAUAAAAUAUGACUUCCCUUAAGGCAGGAAAAUUAAUGUUCAUUUUUUCACUAGGUGAAUACUUCAUCAAUUGAGUUGUGGAUAUUUCUCGAAUGUUUCUCUGCUUAGGACACAGACCAAAUUUUAGUUGUUUUCUUUACGUUUCGUCUUCGACUAGUUAGUGACAUAGCACUUUACAUUGAUCUGCUGAGUACAACUCAGCAGUUCAACUUUAACCUCUAAAUAAAGACCUAAGACUAAAAGUAGAUUGUAGACCUGUAAAUGGUGAUUCAAUAAGUUUAAAAAUUACAUUGACGAUUGCUUUACAGCUUCCAAACCAUGAAUAUUCAUUCACCGGUGAAUGAAUAUAUAGCUUCCAUUGCAUUGUGAUCGAAAAAUUCCACCGCUUGCCAGCCAAAAAGAACCACACAAACAAAACGCUAGUGGAAGCAAAUUAUAUUCCACAUAUACACGGAUUGUACCUGGUAUUAGAGUCUUCAUGAAGCACAGAAGCCGUGUAUGAACGUCGUGCCUCUCACAAAACAAUUCAAAGCAAGCAACUAUCUUCGCGAGGCUGGAUAGUGCUGAAGAUUAUACAUUCAGUUUUCGCAAACAGGCUGAGAACUGACUAUUAAAUGUCGAAUGUUUCUGAGAACCGCGAAAGCGAACUGCUGUUAAUUAUGACUUGAAUAUUAUAAACGAAGUAGCGGGAGCGCAGGAUUAGCUAUGUCGAUCUCAGUAAAUACUGCGAACAACCAAGCGCUUCGUUUGCUGGAUGCUCGAGAGAAAUUAACUCCUGCACUCUUGUUACUUCUAUAAAUCAAAUUCCUGCUAAAAAGAGUUUGAUUGGGUUCAUCACAUGAGUAAAUCAAUCAGCUGGAUAAAAAAUAAUUUUUUUUAUCAAUAUCCAACAUGGAACAUUCUUUCGUUGAAUUUUCAUUGCAUAUUUCUAUGGCUUGUUUAGAGCUGUAAAAACAGCAAAACUUUUAUUCAAAUAAACGCGCUAGCGGUGAUAGUACACACAAAAUGAAUUCUGUAUAAACGAAUGUGAAGCGCGUACAGACAUCGGAAAAACAUUCGACAGUUAACAGCCAGUCAUCAGGCUGGUGAUAAAAACUGAAUAUGUAAGCUUCAGCACUAUCCAGUCUAGUGAAGAUAGUUGCUUGCUGGGAAUUGUGGGGUUAGACAAUCUCAGUUACCGAGAGAUGAAGAAACAGUGGUUUGAACCUCAAACUAGAUGAACGGCAAUACACGCUUUUCAGGUCACAACUGCAAAUCGCUUGUCACGGACACGAAAAUUGUUCGCUGCUUUAAAAUUGUUUAGUAUUAUUCGAUUGGUCUAAAUUUUGGGCAUUUUGGAGAAUUCAUUAGCUUAUGGACAAAAGUGAUCUUGUUGGCAGCAUACCACUCCAGAACCACCUGGCAGUAGUGGCAGUUGGUCAAAUCCUGCUGAAUGACGAUUUUGCUCUCAAGUUUGCGGAUAAACGGCAAUACAAUUUUUAUCAGACAUUCUUCGAUUUAAACUUGGGAUAUUUCGAAUGGUUCCGUAAUCAGCCCAAACAGCAAAUUGCUUGCCAAUUUACGAUCAUCAUCUCCGUGAACUUGACAGUACUUGGCACUUUCCCACGUCCUGUUUCUUUGUGAAACUUUCGCCAGGAAGCUGCUAAAAUCGAGUUUGACGUAUGUUUCGUCAUCAAUCAAAAUGUAACUCUUGUGUUUUGUUGAAUCACGGCCGUACACGUGCCUUGCAUGCUUUUUGGUCACGGAAUUCUUCUUCAUGUGCCGAUUCGGAUGUAACACUUUCUGGGAAGGAUAUUCUACAACGCUUAAAAGCUGCGUUGUUCAUUUCGGAUCGAAAAACGGAUUUAUUUUAACGCACCGCAACAAUCCUUGGUUCGUGUUUUUCAAACGUUUUCUGAUUCCUUUCUACCCUCAGGAUUUCCUUGUAGAUUUUGACCACUUGACAAACUGUUGUUUUCGGCAUCUUCAGCACUUGUGUCAGCCAGAGCUGCUAAAUGUCACUAUCAACGAGCAACUUUGCACGACGAAGAUUGGAAAGUUUAUGUCACUGGACUGCUGCCAACCAGGCUCUACCAAUCAUCAUAUCGACCGUCCCACGACAAAAGGGCCUAACUGCAAAUGACAGUUUCUCUUUGUUUACUUUUUCUUUCACGAUUUGCCGAACUGAUUUUAUAUUUGACGCUUUACUCUUCGCAAAACUUUCAAGGUAAAACUACAAGCUUUCGAUUUAUAUUGGAAACUUUAGAAAAUUUGCAAUAAUGGCUCCGUAAUAAUCAAAAGAGAAAGUAAACAAAGAGAGGCUCUCAUUUGCAGUUAGGCCCUUUUGUCGUGGGACUAUCGAUAUAUUGUGUGUCUGAGAACCAAUCUGUAACUUAAAUUCUCUUGAUAUUAUACUCACCAGGACGCUCAUUGAUUGCCGAUGCGAUUGAUAUUAUUUUCAUUUCUCCUGUCACUGCUUUAUUACGAUGUGACUAAAUAUUAAUCAAGCAGCAUAAACAUUGAAUUAAAUUCAUGUACACCAAUAAACUCCGAAAUCCAAUGACUUUUUACAAAGAACAAUUAACUUUAUCAAUUUAUGUUUAUGUUAGUACUCUCAUGGAAUUUUUUCACUUCAACAGGGAAUAGGAGAAUGAGAGAUAGAACAAAAUGCGUCACCUGUCUUUGACUGAGUAUCAGGCAUGUCCAAACACUGCACUGCACUGCGUGCUUCAUAUAACCACCGCCACCGCGUGUAUUGAGAAUGUCAUUGCGUGCCAGUGCACAAAAAGAAACACUAAACGCAAUAUCCGAAGCCACGGUGCUCGUGGCGCUGUUUUAUUUUCGGCACCGGUGUUUCAAGCUUCGGCAUACACCGAAACCGCGUAUUUUCAGUUUCGUUAAACACCGGAGCCGAGUGUUUUCAAUUUCGCGAAGGCACCGAAGAGCACCCAUGCGUUGGUUAUACUGUCAAUCAAUUGAAUUCAAUCAGACGCGUAUUGAUGAAAAAAGAAUUAAUCAUUCAAACGCAUUUUUCGUCAUACCGUGGCGCUAUAGGUGCUUAUAGUACAAGCAACGUAUGUGGCAAAAUCGGAAACACUCGGCUUCGGUGUUUGCCGAAGUCAGGAACACUCGACUUCAGUGCUGCCCGAAAAUCCAAGCACCGGUGUUUGACAAUUACACGACCACCGCUACGAGUGCUUUUUCUACUGCGUUCGGUGUGUGUUUUUCGACACGGGCACGAAGCGUAGCAUUCAAUACUCCUGGUGGUGUGCUCACGAGUGAAGGUGAGUACCGUACAGAACGGAUCCGUGUUUUUGCCAUGCCUGCUGAGUAUACUUCUACUUGGUCAUUGAACUAUCGAGUAUCUCAUUUGACAGACACUUUGAUCGUACCGAUUACAGUUGACGAUGAUUUUAGUCAGUCUGUCAAGGUCAUUUGACAUGACUGACAAUUUGCAGCUCUGGUGUCAGCUUGGAACAGAACCAUUUAACAUUGGGCAUUUUUUUCUUCUUUUUUCGAGUUCUAUUUGACGUUACUUCUGAACGCGAUCGACUACUUUGAUCAACUUUGCUUGAAUUGAUAUGUGUUAAAUGCAAACAAACCACUUUCAAGGAUUUUUAAUUCCCAACACUAGAGGCGUGCUGGUGGCACGAGAGGGAGUGUACCAAAUUACUUUUACUCCUCCUGAAGUCGAUAGAAUCAUCAGGCAUAGUUUGAACUGUUGCAUUUGCUUCUCGGUUCAAGGUGAACUGCCAAGUUGCACUAGCAGUCAGUUUAAAUUGCUACGCACUGACGGGUUGCGAGGGAAACGUAGAGAAAAUUUAUUGAUGUCACUUUCAAACGUGGAGAAGAGUUGAAUCUAUAAUUUACUUUUAGGUGUAGUCCAUGACUGUCAAUUUUUUUCAAUUAUUAUUCAUGAAAUACUUCUAGAAGGAAAUGAAUGACAACAUAAGCAACCCUAUUCGGUGUUUCGAUCGAAUCGGAUUUUUUCGAACGAAUGUGAAAAUUUGCAUUCUGUAACUCGAUCGAGUAUUUUGCUUUUGUAUGGCAAACUCGAACUCGUUCGAGCUUUUGUAUGGCAAACUCGAACUCGUACGAGCUACGAAAUCAAAAUAAAAUGCUGACAAGGGUACUCAUCUUAGACUACUUGGUGUAGUGGAAAUAGGCAAUACGAAUAAAUAAAGAGUUUCCCCAUUAUUUUUAACGUUCCCCCGUUCUGUUGUUCUUCUAGCGUAAAUCAUCAUUCUCACAAAAGCACUAGCAUUAUAUAGCCUAUAGUACAUUGCAGCUUUUGAAUUCUCAAGAACAUAACACAAAUAUAUAGCAUACCACUUGUGCAGUCUCUGUAUUUUUAUGAAAUGAAAUAAGCAUGUAUAUUCUAGAGAAACAACAAGAUAUUGACAACUGACAGUAAUUGGAAAUAUGUAAUAACAAACAAAAUAACAAGAAUAAACUAAAAACAAGCUGGACUUGUACAGAAGUUAUAUAUUUAAAUGGAAACAAAGCAGAAAAUUCAUUAGUUCAAUAUUUAACUUUAUAUUUCGCGCAUUUUACUUUUUAAGAUGAAUUUACACAUUGAUAAAAAAAAAACAAUUGCAAAGUAAGAAGUUUAGAAAACCAACAUGCUAGUGAAAUUGUACUUGUACUUCUUGACCGGAACAGAUCUACAUAAUAACGCAAAUCUGCUUAUACGAUAAACAAAAAAACAACAUCCGAAAGAUCUUGCAAUGGUUCGUUUUUUUUUAGUCAAACCACAUAAAUUGCAAAUGGCUGACAGUAUGGGUGUUCCUUAUCCAAAUAGAAUCUAGUAUCAACAGAAUACGGCUAAACUAAAAUAAACCUACUUGCGCAAAAGAACCUAUCCUAUUUACCUAACCUACUUUCGGUCGAAUUUUCCUGUUCGGCAAUCCACAUACGAAAACAAUAACCCUGCUGAAUAACGUUGCGAGGAAAGCCAGUUUAAGUAGAUGAGUAGUUUAAUGGUAAUAGUUUCUAGUUACCUAAAAAUAUAAAAUGGUUCGCUAGAUACCCCUCUGCGCAUCGCCAUCAGACGUUUCUAUUGAGAAAUCAAAACGAUAUUUCCUCUCAAAUUGGCUUUCCGAUGAACGUUGUUCAAACGAAUUCAUUAACCUACUACAGUACUACAGUGAAAAAAAAAUCUAACUAAACACGAGAAAAAUAAGAGAAUAGUCACGAAGAAUACGAUACAUACAACAUACUUCUAGGCUACAGAACACGAUUGAUGUUUUUUAUUGGGUAGUGAAUAGACUGUAAUCCACUGAAGCGUUUAGAGGUACAAAUAGAAAUCAUUGACGCAGCAAACAACCAAUCGUAACCACAAACACACUCACACAUACACGCAUACACAUCCUAACAAAUAACAUUUUGCUCGCACAUCGUCGAUUGUAAUACGCAAAUAGAGAGAAAUCAUCCCUGCAAGUAGGUAAUUCGUGGUAGCAGUGUCGUAGUUAGGUAACCUGCCUGGCAUCGUACAUCGUUACUAGUUGAGUCGGUAUUCGGAAGUCAGUUUAGCUGAAUGCCACGGCGAGGUGCUGUUAGUACACUUUGGCGUAAUCGGAAGGUAUGCAAAUGGAACUGAAACAUGGCGACCAUUUUGAAAUAGCAGAUAGAACAAACACAAAUCCGUUACCAAAAUCAUAACAUAUACUGAACAAAAUCGAAUAUUUCGGUGUUCUUUGCAUGUGUACAACUAACGAAGCAGUUGUGCUCCAAAACAAUGGUAAAAUUAACUGAAUAGGCAAAUGGCCGACAACAACUACGGAAAGUAUCUAUUCAAAAGAGAUAAAUUAUUGCCCUGUUGAAAACUAA